AUGUCAAGCAAGAAGAAGCCAUCAGGAGCAUUUCAUCGUAAAAGGAGAUUGCAGCAUUGCAAAGAAGAUGAGAGUCAAGCUAAAGCAUUGCAAAGGUUUUUAAUGACUUCACCAUCAUGUGAGACAGAAAACCCAGAGACAACAAAAUUGACUGAAUCAGAUCAUGAUGAUGACAGCAAGAUACUAAUAUCUGAGCCUCUACCUGGACCAUCAACAAGUCAAGACUUCACUGCGACUUCAGCAACACCAUUAGCACCUUUAAAUAUUGGUUGUGACAUAACUAGGACCGACACGGAAGAUGUGGAUGAUGAUUUAUUAGGAGAUGCAGUCCUGCCAUCUACAAGUCGGCAAACCAUUGAAUCUGAACAAAGCAGAGACCCAUUAUUAUUGCUUUCAAAUGACUGUGGAGAGUGGCCACUCAAAAUAAAUGACGAGGCACGGAAAUUACUUGUUGAACGAGGACCUCAGCAAGUCAGAGGCAUAAAUUUUCCAAAGGACAUUAAUGGAAGGAAAUUUUCCUCAUAUCAUUAUACAAGGAAGCUGUGCAAUGGAGAGCAAGUCAACAGAUAUUGGCUACUGUAUUCUGUAUCAAAAAAUGCAGUGUUUUGUUUUUCUUGCAAAAUUUUUGGAAAUGCCAAAUUUGUUUUUGCUAGUAGCCAAGGGUAUUCUGACUGGAGUAACUUGGGCAAGCUUUUGACCAGUCAUGAGAAAUCCCGUACUCAUAUUAAAAACCGUGCAUCUUGGCAUGAACUCUCUCAAUGUUUACAUUUAAAGAAAACUAUUGAUGCAGAGCAUGAAAGACUUAUUUAUGGUGAAAGUAAACACUGGCAGCAAGUUCUGAAACACUUGCUAUGUAUUGUACGGUUUUUGGGGGUUCAAGGAUUGGCAUUUAGAGGGACAAAAGAUGUUCUAUUUGAACCAGAUAAUGGCAACUUUUUAAAAUUGGUAGAACAUAUAGCACAGUUUGAUGAUCCGAUGGCCGAACAUGUGAGAAGAGUCAGUUCCAAAGAAACACACGUUCACUAUUUGAGCAAAAAUGUCCAGGACGAGUUUAUUGCUUUCUUGUCAGGCAAGAUCCAGAAUAAUAUUUUACAACAACUACACGAGGCAACGUAUUAUUCUAUUAUAUUAGACUGCACUCCUGAUAUUAGCAACACCGAACAAAUGACGUUGGUGGUAAGAUUCGUUAAAUGUGAAGCAAAUGAAGAUGCCUCAAUUAAGGAACAUUUUUUAGGCUUUGUUCCUGUUGCCAAUCCUUCAGGUGAAGGUCUCACAGAAAUAUUACUCAAAGAGUUGGAAGCACGACACAUUCCGUUAAAAAACAUGAGAGGCCAGGGCUAUGAUAAUGGUUCUGCAAUGAAGGGAAAACAUGUUGGAGUCCAGAGGAGGAUCCUUGAUUUAAAUCCUAGAGCCUUUUAUGUACCAUGUGGAAACCACUCCCUGAACUUGGUCGUAAAUGAUGCAGCUCUGUCUUGCAGUAUUGCAGCAGAGUGUUUCACCACCAUACAAGACCUCUAUAACGUUUUUUCAAGUUCUCCUCUAAGAUGGAGUAUUUUGUUGAAGCAUAUUUCAACUCUCACACUCAAACCACUCAGCAAUACUAGGUGGGAAAGUAGAAUCGAGGCAUUGUUGCCUUUGAGGUACCAUAUUGAAGAAGUAUAUGACGCCUUAUAUGAAGCUUCUCAAUGUCAGAAAUUUGAUGGAUAUUAUAAGACCCGUGCUGUUGCUCUUCUUAAAAGCUGCAAAGCUUCACGUUUCUGUGCAGUUUAG